UUGCUGCUAUGAUCAAGCGAUUAGCCCACCGGAAUGCCAACGUGCAACUGUAUACAUUGGAACUUGGAAAUUCGCUGGCACAGAACUGUGGUCUCAAGAUCCAUCGCGAGUUGGCCUCCAGAAGUUUUACCGAUGCGUUGUUGCGCCUGGCUGCUGACCGGAACACACACCAACAAGUCAAGUCAAAGAUUCUCGAGCGCAUGGAUGAGUGGACAGAGAUGUUUGCCUCUAACCCAGACUUUGGUAUUAUGGAGCAGGCUUAUAUGAAAUUAAAGACUACGAACCCCAAUCUCCAACCGCCGUCGAAGCCGGGUAAGCGUGAGAUCACCGAUGUUGAUCGGCAGAUGGAGGAGGAGGAGCUACAGAUGGCCCUUGCUCUCUCAAUUAAGGACAAAACAGUCCCAGGAGCGGCACCGGCCCAGGCCGCGGCUGCAGCGGCCCCUCGAGCCGAGCCCUCGUCUGCAGCUGCCGUGUCUGCACCGGCCCCUACGAACCAAGCGGAGCCUGCUGAAGCCCAGGCCGUUCUCUCCGGAACAUCGGUAGCAACUGUAUCCCGCGUGAGAGCAUUGUUUGACUUCCAACCAUCUGAGCCCGGUGAGCUGCAGUUCCGCAAAGGGGAUAUUAUUGCGGUUUUGGAGUCAGUGUACAAAGAUUGGUGGAAGGGUUCCUUGAGAGGUCAAACGGGUAUCUUCCCACUCAACUAUGUGGAGAAGCUUCCCGACCCGACCGUGGAUGAACUUCAGCGAGAGGCUCAGAUGGAGGCAGAUGUCUUUGGUCAGAUCAAGAGCGUGGAAAAGCUCCUCACUUUGCUGAGCACUCGCAACUCCGAUCUGAAUGUCCAAGAAAACGAAGAAAUUACGACACUUUACCAGGCUACCCUUGCGAUUCGCCCCAAGCUGAUUGAAUUGAUCGGGAAGUACUCGCAAAAGAAAGACGAAUUCACCCAGCUUAAUGAGAAGUUCAUCAAGGCUCGUCGUGAUUAUGAAUCUCUCCUGGAAGCAUCGAUGGCCCAUCCUCCCCAGCCUCAAUACGGACGACCUGUCCAGCAACAGUACGGUUAUCCUGGUGCUGCACCUGCUGGUUACCCUCCUGCGCAGGCUGAUCCACGAUACUUCACUCCUCGGCCUCAAGAAACCACUCCCACCCCAGCGGCCGCACCAUAUGCGCCAUACCCGGGCGGCGAGCAGACAAUCCCUUACCGACCUGCCUCUCACUCGCCCGAUCCCCGCAACCAGAUUCAAGCUGGGGUGCCGCCUGUGCAACAACAUACCCCGCAACCUGACCCUUAUCAAGCUGUCCACCACCGCCCCCAGUCUACAUUUGACCAUCCCCAAGAGCUGGGAACAUCUGUUUAUGAUUCACCCGUCGACCAGCCAGCUUCUGCUCAGCGUCUGCCCUACCCUCAAGCUGGCCAAGCCCCUGGUGUUGGUCACCAGCAAUUGCAGCAGCAACAGCAGGAUUACUCGCCUUCGGCGUACUCCCCUGAAGAUCCACCCCAAGCCCCGCCCGCAUCUAUCAUGCCACAAAUCCCGCACCAAUUCCAGCAGCAGCAACAACAGCACCAAGCCCCUUACCCCAAUUCCCCCGAUGCUCAACAACCCCCACCCUCACACCAACCCCCACCAGUUCCUAGCGCAGCUCAGCCACAGUACACAUCCUACACGCCCCCUGCCCCCGCUCCAGCGAGUGAGUAUCAGGCCUACCAGCCGCAGGGAGGAGCAGCCGGCUCAAAUCCCGCUUCGUUCUACCGGUAG